AUGGAUGACAUAGAAGUGAAAGAUAUUGUAAAAAGCGUCGCGAGUAUGUUUAUCAAUGCCAUUGACGGUUUCAAUGAGAUUGUGGCCGAGCGAGAUCCCAAUCAUCGAGGCGCGAAUUCAAAGGACUUUAAACUUCCACCAGUUGUACCCCAAGACCUGGUUUUAAUUCGCAUCUCUGAAAUCAGUGCGAUUGUGAGGAGUCAGAAGGAGCGCCUUCUGGCGCGUUGGACACUCGAAGAGAUCGAUUCGAUUGAGCAGGAGCACGGCAAGGUAUUCUACUUUGAUGAAUCAUGGGGUGGUGUCAAAGGCAGGUAUAAGUAUCUUCAACGAUUCUGUGGUGAAGUUGCUACUGUGUUUCCCGGUUCAAGUCAAGUUAAAUCUGAUUUUUCGAUUUUGAAAUUAAAAAAUAGUUUUCGCAACAGUAAUGCCAACCUUUCGCUAGAGGAGUGUUGCAUUGCAAGCAAAUGA